CGGUGUUUGUUGGUUUGCAGGAAAACUGCACAUUACCGUGAUUGCAACGAAAAAAAAGGGACAUCUCCCACUGAUUUUAAUUAACCUGUGCUAGUUCGAAUAGUUUGUUAUAAGCGUAACCAUGUCCGAUAUUCAAACGCUGAUAGAUAUGGGAUUCCCGAAGGAGAAGGCCGAACGGGCGCUUGAAGUGACCAACAACAAAGGUGUAGAACAGGCCAUGGAAUGGUUGCUGGCCCACGCAGAUGAACCACUGCCACCGCCCGCCGCUGCAUCCGGUCCCGCCGGCGAUAGUUCCAGCUCGACAGCCGCUGAAACAACGGACACACCAUCGGCCGGAGCUUCGACCGAUGAGCAGUCGGCAGCGGCUGUAGCAAAAUCGCUCAAAUGUGACGAAUGUGGUAAACUGUUUAAAUCCCAGGAGGAGGUCGAAUUCCACGCUGCCAAGACGGAACACAGCAGCUUCUCGGAGUCGACCGAGGAGAAGAAACCGCUCACCGAGGAAGAGAAGAAGGCACAGCUCGCCCUGCUGGAGGAGAAGAUGCGCCGCAAGCGACAGGAGCGCGAAGAAAACGAAAAGAAGGAAGCGAUGGAGCGGGAACGGCUGCGUAUCAAGUCGGGCAAGGAUAUGCUGGAGGCACGGCGCAAGAUGGAGGAGCAGGAGAUGAAGAAGUUGAUGGAUCAGCGGAAGCGCGAAAAGCUGGAAAGUCAGCAGGCACGGGACCGUGUUCGAGCUCAGAUUGAAGCCGAUCGGGCUGCCCGGAAGGCAAAAGAUUCUGGCGAAACCACCACUGCCGUAUCACCAACCUCCACAACGAACAGCCCACCGUCACCACCAGCGGCCGCAGUUACGUCCAACCCAACGUCCACCACUCCAAGCAAACCGGUGGAGACGAAGAAUUACACCACGGCCAAGAUUGCGAUUCGCAUGAUGGACGGAACGCAGCUUGUGCAAACGUUCCAGGCCGGCGAGCAGUUGGCCGCGGUGCGGUUGUUCGUCCAGCUAAAGAUGGACUCGAUCGAUGCGUCGUUUGGACUGAUGACCAACUUCCCGAAGAAGGUGUUUAGCGCGGAAGAGUACGACAUGCCGCUGGACAAGCUCGGCCUUGUACCGAACGCGGUACUGAUCGUAACGAAGGCGCCGUAGAUAUAAGUAAGCCGUUUGUAAAAAUUCCCUUUA